AUGUCAGACAUCUUUGGGGAGAUUGCUCUUCCCUUCUGUGAUAAGGACUCUGGCACUUAUGGAAUCAUUUUCAGAGGAUCCGGCAAGACGGCAGAGGUAGAGGAGAAGCAGCGGACCUCCCGCAAGUUCACCUACCGCGGUGUGGACCUGCGCCAGCUGCUGGACAUGUCCUUUGAGCCGCUGAGGCAGCUGUACGGUGCACGCCAGCUGCUGCGGCUGAACCACGGCCUGCGGCGGAAUGCUGAGGCGCAAGCCGCACUCGCUGCUGAGGCGCCGACCAUAGGGAAGCAGGAAGUGGUGAAGACGCACCUGCGGGAUAUGAUCAUCCCUCCCAAGAUGGUGGGCAGCAGCGUGGGCGUCUACAACGGCGAGACCUUCAACCAGGUGGAGAUCAAGCUGGAGAUGAUCGGCCACUACCUGGGCGAGUUCUCCAUCACCUACAAGCCCGGGAAGCACGGCCGGCCUGGCAUAGGGGCCACCUACUCCUCCCGCUUCAUCCCCCUCAAGUAG